UGGACAAAAAACCUAAAGCCUGGGAGUGAGAGUCAUUUGUAUCUCCUCUUUGUCUCUCUUCUCCACUCACUCUCUCCUCUUAUCUCAUUACCUCAGACCCACAAACAAAAACUUAACAUGCUAGCCCACCGGAAACAAAUCCAGGGUGGCAGUUAGCAAGGCGACGAUGAGUGUUCUUCAUCUUCAACCCAUAACCCCAAAGAAAAACCCAGAGCAACCUAAACCAAACAUGAACCCACCUCAAAAAUGAUUCCUCGUCCCAAAUUUGCAAAUGUUUUCAAAAAAAAACUAAACCUAACAAAUCGUCUAUUGCAGACGACGAACCCUAACUCAUAAUUUCAAACCCUGGUCCUUUUAACCUCAAGCCAAAAACAAACAUACAUCAAAAAUCAACAAACACAUGCAACAAACAUAAACCAAACAUACUACAACAUACAACCUGAAUCCCUUGCAACCCAAAAACCCAUUUCAUUAUUGUUUUUUGGUUGUACAUGUACACUGGGUAGAAAAGGAAAAUAACGACAUGGAAAACGACAAUAAAAAUGAAGUUGUCAACAAAGUAGUAUGAGUUGUGGUGAUGAUUUUCUACUCUGGCGCGACGGCUGACGUCUCCGACGAAGUCAAUUAAAAUGGUGAAAAAUUAUUGGGACAAAGUUUAGGGUAUGACACGAUCAAUCCAUAUAUGAAGAAUCAAACAUUGAUACUUGGGAGAAGAUUAAAAGACUCACGAGGAGAAGAUUUGUGUAUUUAUAUUAUCAUAAAGAAUUGCAUAAUAAAUUAUAAAGACUCAUUCAAAGUACCAAGAGUCUUGAUGAAUACUACAAGAAGAUAGAGGUUACAAAGAUGAGAUAUAAUAUGGAGAAAGACUCACGAGGAGAAGAUUUGUGUAUUUAUAUUAUCAUAAAGAAUUGCAUAAUAAAUUAUAAAGACUCAUUCAAAGUACCAAGAGUCUUGAUGAAUACUACAAGAAGAUAGAGGUUACAAAGAUGAGAUAUAAUAUGGAGAAAGAUAAUGAAGUAACAAUGGAAAACUUUAUCCAUGACCUAAACGUGACAUAUGAAGUUAUAUUACUAUACGUGAUAAAGGAUUUAGUACAUCAAGCUAUCGAGGGGAAUCAACAACUCAAUUGAAAGAGCCAUGCAAGAAAAGGAACACAAUUUCACAACAGGAUAAUUAGUAGAUCAUCGACGGACACAAAAGACAUUGUGAGAAAUUUCAGGUUUUUCUUAUUAUGCCUCCUAAGAUGCCUCCUAAGAAUAGAUAAUUUAAAUGUGGAAAUGAUAAACGUAAGAAAAAGAAAAAAAAUUGAAGAGUUAAUUCAAUCUCAAGUAGGAGCUCUUGAUAAAUUUUUAAUCAAAGAACCACAAGUUUCAAAUGAAAGUCGUUAUGUUGAUAAUAUUGAUAGUUUGCCUAUUGAAAAUGAUAAUCUUGAUAGUGUGCCUAUUGAAAAUGAUAAUCUUGAUAGUGUGCCCAUUGAAAAUGAUAAUCUUAAUAGUGUGCCCAUUGAAAAUGAUAAUCUUGAUAGUGUGUCAAUUGUUGAUGAAGUUAAUAAUGAUGAUGAUGCCGAUGAUGAUGAUGAUGAUGAUGAUGAUGAUAAUGUUGAUUAUGAUAUAUUUGAUCCAAGAAAUUGGGAUCGUCUUCAACCUAAAUUGAUUGAUUUAUUAGUUGUGAAAGGUCCUAAAAAAGAUAAUUCUAUUGUGAAGGGUCUUAGAGAUAGUUUGAAUAGACGUUUUACGGCUAAUUUGUAUACUAGAGCUUUAGCAAAUGGAGAGGUGUGUGAUAGAGAUUGACUUGUUUAUUUGAAAGAGCUUGAUAGAGUAUUUUGUUUUUGUUGUAAAGUUUUUAAAAAUGGGAUUGUUAUGGGACAAUUAGCAAAUGAGGGUUAUAGUGAUUGGGUACAUGUUGGUGAAAGAAUUAAAGAGCACGAGUUAGGCAUGGAACAUGUUAAAAAUAUGAAUACUUGGUAUGAGUAUCGCAAAAGGCUGCAAAAAUUUCAAACUAUUGAUAAAACAACUCAAAGAUUAAUUGAGAAAGAAAAGGAUCACUGGAAAAAUGUUUUAAAAAGAGUUAUUUCAAUAGUGAAAUUUCUUGCUAAACAUAAUUUAGCCUUUCGUGGUUCUAAGGAGAAAUUGUACGAAGAUAGCAAUGGAAACUUUUUGGGUUUGAUUGAAAUGUUAGUUGAAUUUGACCCAAUCAUCCAAGAACAUGUUAGACGUGUUACAACUCAAAAAGUUCAUAUUCAUUAUCUUGGGCAUAACAUACAGAAUGAGUUGAUUUCAUUGCUUGGUUCUGCGAUUAAAAUUGAAAUCAUUAGAAAAAUCAAACAGGCAAAGUAUUUUUCAGUGAUACUUGAUUGUACUCCUGAUGUUAGUCACCAAUAGCAGAUGUCUUUGAUAAUAAGAUAUGUGGAUAUUUCUUCAGCUUCUGUUAGUAUUGAGGAAUCAUUUUUAGGAUUUUUGAAUGUGAAUGAUACAAAUGGUCAGGGGCUUUUUGAUGUUUUACAAAAUGAAUUGAAAGAACUUGGUCUCGACCUAUUUGACAUGCGAGGGCAAGGUUAUGAUAAUGGGUCAAAUAUGAAAGGAAAACACCAAGGUGUGCAAAAGAGAUUUUUAGACAUAAAUCUGAGAGCCUUUUAUACUUCUUGUGGUUGUCAUAGUCUUAAUUUGACAUUGUGUGGUAUGGCUAACUCUUGUAUUAAAGCUAGGAAUUUUUUUGGAGUUGUUCAACGCAUUUAUACAAUUUUUGCCAAUUCUACUAAGAGAUGGCAAAUUUUGAAAGAUAAUGUAAAAGGGUUGACUCCAAAAUCAUUGUCAUCCACUCGUUGGGAGAGUCGUGUAGAAAGUGUCAAAGCUAUAAGCACUCAAAUGUUAGAAUUUACAGAAGCUUUGCUUGAAGUGUCAGAAAAUGAUCUUGAUCCUAAAAUACAAAAUGAAGCUAAAUCCUUAGCAACAAAUGAGCUUGGUGAUUUUGAGUUUUUGAUGGCUAUAAUUAUUUGGUUUGAAAUAUUAUCUGCAAUUAAUUCUUUUAGCAAGCUUUUACAGGAAAAGGAUAUGCUUAUUGAUGUUGCUAUGCAAAAAAUUAAGGGGUUGAUUUUGUAUUUUGAGGGAUAUAGAGAAACAGGUUUUUAUAAGGUAUUGAUUAACGCUAAGGAAAUUGUGGUGGAAUUGAAUAUUGCCCGAAUAUUUCCUCAAAAGCGUAUAAUUAAAAGAAAAAAGCAAUUUGAUGAGAAUUUAAAUAUCCCAUCAGUCGAGAUAUCAGAAGAAGAAUCAAUUAGGGUUAAUUAUUUUCUUUACCUUGUUGAUCAAGCUUUUGUUUCUCUUAAUAAGAGGUUUGAGCAAUACCAAGAGUAUGAAAGUAUUUUUGGUUUCUUGUUUACUUCUCACAAGUUACAAUCAUUAGAUGAUGCAACUUUGAAGUCUUGUUGUACUAACUUUGAGUAGGCAUUGAAACAUAAUGAGCAAUCUGAUAUUUAUGGGAAUGAAUUUUUUGCAGAGUUGAAGUCACUAAGAGAAAUGUUGCCUGAAGAAACCAUAAGACCUACUGAUAUAUUAUUAUUUUUAAAAGGCUUGAAUUGUUUUCCUAAUACAGUUAUUGGAUAUAGAAUCUUAUUGACUAUUCCUGUGACAGUUGCUUCUGCAGAAAGAAGUUUUUCAAAAUUGAAGUUGUUAAAGACUUACUUGCGGUCUACCAUGUCACAAGAAAGACUUAAUGGAUUAGCAUUAAUAGCUAUUGAAAAUGAUAUUUUAGAGACAAUAUAUGAAGACUUAUUAGUUGACGAUUUUGCUUCAAAAAGU